UUUUUUUUCUUUAACCCAAUUCCUAUAGUGUAGGUCCCAUGCUUGAUUAAAUUACCAAAACUUAUCCGCUUAUAAAUAUCAACCCAGUUUUUGACGAAUGUACUCCAAACUUAAAACUAAUAUCCACAAACAUCUCACCCAAUCAAUCAACAAGUAAGAUGAAGAUGUUUUUGGGUUUCCUCAGUUCAUCCGUUCUGUUUUUGGUGGUUGUGAGUGCUAGAGAUGUUGAGUUCAGCAAGAAGUCUGAGUUCAAAGAGGCAGAUUAUGUGUUCUUCAACUACAACGACCUCAGAGUCGGGGCGAAAAUGCCGAUUUACUUUGGUGGUGCAUUUGAUUCUGAAGUCCCAAAUUUUCUACCUAAGGAUAAGGCUGAUAUGAUCCCUUUCUCUUCCCAAAAACUCCCCUUUCUUCUUAACUACUUCGGCUUCCAGCCGGAGUCUCCUCAAGCUAAAGCCAUGGAAUACAGUCUCAAAAAGUGCGAGGGUGAAAUCCCUGAUGCUCAAGGAGCCAAAAAAUGUGUUACCUCAUUGGACUCUAUGAUCGAUUUCAUUCGUGAAACCUUCAAAAUUAGUAAUACCGGCAAUGGUGGUCAGUUGUUUGAUGAUCUUAAGGUAUUGAGUACAAGUCCACUCCCUAAAUCAGCCAAAGUAUUCCAACCUUACACCAUUAUUGAACAACCAAAAAGAGUACCAAGCCCUAAAAUGACCGCUUGUCACAUGUUGACUUAUCCUUACGCGGUCUACUAUUGCCAUAACCCUGACCCUGAAACCGAGUGUACGAGAUUACUUUGA